AUGAGAUUUCAGAACCAAGAAGCAUCGAUCAAGAACUUGGAAACUCAAGUGGGGCAGUUGGCUCAGAUGAUAUCUUCUAGAGUACAAGGCGCCUUACCCAGCAAUACAGAAGCAAAUCCAAGAGAACAGGUGCAGGCCAUUACUUUGAGGAGUGGUAAGGAUUUGCAARAGGUGGAGAAKAAAGCAAAGGAAGAAGGCAAGGUGAACGCAACCCUAAAAACCGAAAAGAAGGAGAAAGAGCAAUCUAAUUCAAAGAAAGAGAAAAGUCAACAGCCACAAGUACCAUUUCCGAAUAGGUUAAAGCAACACAAAUUGGAAAAGGAAUUCGGUAAGUUUCUUGAAAUUUUUAAGAGUUUGCAUAUUAACAUUCCUUUUGCAGAGGCCUUAGCCCAGAUGUCGUACUAUGCAAAGUUCCUAAAGGAAAUAUUGGUGAAUAAAAGGAAACUGGGAGAUGUGGCUACAGUUGCAUUGAAUGAAGAAUGCUCAGCAAUCCUCCUCAACAAGCUGCCUCAGAAACUGAAAGAUCCAGGGAGUUUCACUAUUCCUUACGCUAUAGGCAGUUUGAAAAUUAACAAGGCAUUGUGUGACUUAGAAGCUAGUAUAAAUUUGAUGCCCUAUUCGGUUUUUAAGAAAUUAGGAUUGGGUGAACCCCAACCCACUCGAGUUGCAUUGCAAUUAGCUGAUAGGUCCAUCAAGCAUCCUAGGGGAAUCAUAGAAUAUGUACUUGUUAAAGUUGACAAAUUCAUUUUUCCUGUGGACUUCAUAGUGUUAGACAUGGAAGAGGACGUUGACGUCCCACUUAUCCUAGGGUGA